AUGGGUGGCCAUCAUGCUCACGACACUUUUAAGAUUCCCAAAGACCACAGGAUUUACAAAGUGGAACACUCGAGAACGCUUUUAGAAUUGAAGGAGUUGCUUGCACAAAGUGGACUUAAAGAUCCCUGGAUGCGAAAUGAGGUGUUUCGAUACAAAUAUGAAGGUACGCUUUGGAGCCGUUUUUAUUCGAGUCUCGGAUCCCGGUACAUGCUUUAUGGGAUUGGCCUCGGUCUACUUGCAUCCGUAGCUCAGUACGCCUGGGACUCGAGACAUUCAUCUUCUACCGAUCACGGCGAGCAACAUUAGGCGUUAUAGAGGCAUCAUUCUGUUUUUCCAUAAACACCAUAAGUGUGAAGUUUCAUGUUUAACAUCCCAUGAAACGUCUCGUCCGCUGUAAUUUUCAGCGUUAUUUUUUACUGAAUUGAUGAUAGUUAAAUAGAGCGAAAAUUUUCGAAUAUGUGGGAAAAUAUUAAAUUUUUUUUUAUCUUUAUCAACUACACAAUCUAGUUCGGGCAAUGGACUUGGUUAAAUUAGGCGUGAGCAAAGACAGUAGAAAGGCAAUGGAAGUUCUCAAGAAAAAGACGUACGAUAUGCACUCGAACGAAUAGGAAAACAGUACUCAACCAGUAAACAUGUAAAAAGCAGGCCGAAAAUAAAUAUGAAGAAGCCAUUGUUCUACUUCUUGAUUUGCUACGUUCUUCUCACUAAUUUUGUUACUCACUUUUGAUGGCCACCACCAGUCCAGGUUACUCUAGAUUGCAUUGCCG